AUGGUCGACUACCAUAACGAGGCACAAGAUGCUGUGGUGAUCGAGAAGGAGGAUGCUCUUCGCAUGCACAAUCAACUCGGCAACGACUACGACAAUGUUGUCAAGGGCGCUCAGGCAGCCGCUGACUACGACCACCAGGAUCUGGGAGUGGUAGCUGCCUUCCGCAAGCACUGGAAGGCAGCUCUGUGGAGUAUCGGGCUGUCGACAGCUCUGGUGAUGGAAGGCUACGAUGUCGUCGUCAUCAACAGCUUCUACGGUUCCAACGCCUUCAUCGACCGGUUCGGUACUGUGUUGGGUAACGGCGAAAAGGUCAUCACGGCACCUUGGCAGACAGGUCUUUCCAACUCGGCUCUCGUUGGCGAAGUGUUUGGACUGAUGCUUCAGGGCUAUGCUUCCGACCGCUGGGGCUACCGGCCUGUCUACAUGGCCUCGAUGGCGUUCAUGACCGCAACGAUCUUCAUGCCCGUCUUUGCCAUUUCCCUUCCCAUGCUCUCUGCAGGUGAAAUUUUGAUGGGCGUGCCGUGGGGGGUCUUCCAAUCCCUUACCACCACCUACGCCGCCGAGAUCUGCCCCAUCAUGCUGCGACCCUACAUGACUUCGUACGUCUGCUUCUGCUGGGGGCUUGGGAUCUUCCUCUCUUCGAUCGUGGUGCGUGCGACGCUCAACAUGGAGGGACAGUGGGCAUGGAGGAUGCCAUUCGCGCUUCAGUGGGUCUGGCCUAUCCCGCUGUUGUUGAUUGCAUACUUUGCACCCGAAUCGCCAUGGCACUACGUGCGCAAGGGACGGUACGAGGACGCCAAGGCAUCGCUUCGUAGGAUGCAGACCAAGAGCAGCGGCGAGGACGAGUCGCACAUCGAGAACCAGGUCGACUUUAUGAAGCACACCAACGCGCUCGAGAUCGCCGAGCAGGCCGGCGCCUCGUACCGCGAGUGCUUCCGUGGAACGUCGACGCGGCGUACGCUGCUCGUCUGCGUCGUCUACUCGCUCCAGUGGUGGUGUGGAAACCCUCUGAUGUCUUACGCCGUCACUUUCUUCCGCCGCGCCGGUCUCAGCCAGAACAAUGCCUUCAACCUCAAUAUCGUCAUGAACACCACCUACAUGAUUGGAACGGUGACGUCUUGGUUCCUUCUGCGCGGUAUGGGUCGACGAACUCUGUACCUGCUUGGUGCUGUCCUCUGCUGUGUCCACCUCAUCAUCAUCGGCACCUUGGGUUGCUUCGAAUCGCAGGCUGUCUCGUGGGCAACGGGAGCUAUCCUCAUCUCCUUUGCGCUCUUCUACAACUGCACCAUCGGACCGGGAGCUUACACCAUCAUCGCUGAGAUCCCUUCGACGCGUCUGCUUGCCAGAUCGAUCGGACUCGCACGUCUCACCUACGUGCUCACGGGUCUGAUCACCAACACGCUCACACCACGCAUGCUCUCCCCCGACGCGUGGAACUGGGGAGCCCGCGGUGCGUUCUUGUACCUCGGCACUUGCGGCAUCAUCCUUGUGAUCCUCUUCUUUGGCCUGCCCGAGUCGCGCAACCGCACAUCGGCCGAGAUGGACGAGCUGUUUGCACACGGCGUACCCGCACGUCAAUUCGCCUCGACCGAGGUGAGCCUCUACCAGGCCAACAACCACAACUCGCAUUCUUCCACAGCCUCCAGCCACCUACAGGCUGACCAGGAGGUCAAGGACGAGAAGAACCCUGCUGACGGUGUUCACAUCCUUACCAGCGACGCAAGCCAGUAA